AUGGGCUCCCCUCGCCCGGCUCCGUCUGUCGCGAUAGGGGUUGUCGCGAGGCGCCGGAGCCAGACACUCACCUACAACCGGGACCGGGGCUCCAUCGCCGCCGCUGCGCUCGCACCCGCGGUCCCGCCCCGCGCGUCACUUCCUGCCGGCGCCCGGCGCCCCACGGGCCGUGUAGUCCCGCGCGGGGCACGCCGGGAGCCCCGCCGCCCCGCCGCGCCCGCCCGCCCUUGCCGCCGCUCCGGGGCUGCCGCCAUGUUCCGCCGCCUCGCCCUGCGCCUCGCCGCCCGCCCGGCGCUGCUGCCGCCCCCCGCCCGCCGCUAUGCCGACCCCGCCGCCGGCCCGACUCCCAUGGCCUUCACCUUCGCCUCGCCCACGCAGGUGUUCUACAACGGUGCCAACGUGAAGCAGGUGGACGUGCCCACGCUGACCGGCUCCUUCGGCAUCCUGGCCUCCCACGUCCCCACCCUGCAGGUCCUCAGGCCAGGAGUGGUGACAGUCUAUGCUGAGGACGGCACGGCCACCAAAUACUUCGUGAGCAGCGGCUCCGUCACCGUCAACGCCGACUCCACCGUGCAGGUGCUGGCAGAGGAGGCAGUGACCAUGGACAUGCUGGACCUGGCGACUGCAAAAUCAAACCUGGAGAAAGCUGUUUCAGAGAUGGCUGCAGCAUCCGAUGAAGCAGCUAAAGCAGAAGCUCAGAUUAAAGUAGAAGCUAACGAAGCCCUUGUAAAAGCCCUGGAGUAAUUAAGGAAUCCCACUGCUGAUGUGGAGGAACCCCAGAGUGUCCAGCUUGUCCUGGCUUCCCCAGUUGUACAGAUGGUGCAGGACAAAUGGAGGCAGAGAAAACGCUCUGAUCAAUUAAAGGGAAAUGUGAUCCCG